AACAGCUAGGCACGGAGUUCGCGCAGUCCCAGUCAGAGUAGGACCGACAAUUCACGCUCACGGUACACCUUGAUCCACAUCACCGUCCGGUCCCCCUGUUGGCUGCGAGCUGGCAUGUGCCGCGUGCUACUCAAGACUAUAUACGUGCUACAGUACCAUCAUCAGCUCAUCAUGACGCCCAAUCAACGCCGGCGGCGCGGCGCGGGCGUUCAUCUUCGCCGCUCCACUCAGCCCCUUCGAGCCGAUGGAUGCGCGAUGGAAAAUCGCGAGCGCAAUGCCAUGCACUCAUUCCAUCGUGCACAUUCAUUCACCCACCAUCAUCAAGCUUCGGCGGGCAUCAUGAACAUGCGCCCUUUUUCCGGUGUUGCUCAUCCGUGCACGCACUCUGACUCACUCGACUUGACCUUCGCGCAGGGCGUCAGGUACGGGCGUGUCACUCGGGGCCCUGGACGACGCCGUGAUUGGGUGCGGCACAGGGUAUUGGGAGAGCGAGCUGGAGUCGAGUCGCGAAGAUGCAAAUUGCUCUCCUUUGCAAUGUCUGGUCGGGUCAUGGGCUCAGACGUGUUCAUGGGGAGGGGAAGAGGGGUAAGAUGCCACAAGACGGUCCCAAUCGAGGCUGGUCUACAGCUGCAACCCACUCACGGUGGACGCUUUUCUUCAAAUGCUUUCUGAUGAAAGCUUGGUCACCCACACGUCGAGCUGUAAAAAAUGAGCACAAUUAGAAUGUAGAGCCUCCGUAGGCUGCCGCGACCACAGAUCGUCCCCUUUACCCCAUCCGCAACGUUCGAGCAGGCUCUCGAUCAUACUCCCAAGUCUGUUGACUGUACGCGCUGUCUCCAAAGCUGAUCACAAUCUUGUCU